UUCUAGUUCUUGUACCGCUGCAAUGCUCGACGCCUCCACCAAUUGGAAUAUUGGAUCUUUUGUUCCCGUUUUCUGGGUGCUACUUUCUCUCUCCUUACAGCAUCGUCUAGAGAGAGAGAGAAAGAGAGGGGAAAUGGUGAUGUGGGUAUUCGGGUACGGGUCUCUAAUAUGGAAAGCUGGGUUUGACUACGACGAUCGACUUGUUGGUUUCAUCAAAGGCUAUCGUCGUGUCUUCUACCAAGGUAGUACUGACCACAGAGGCACACCUGAGUAUCCAGGAAGAACUGUGACUUUGGAGCCUGCCGGAGGGGAAGUCUGUUGGGGGAUUGCCUACAAGAUAACCAAGAAAGAAGACGAAGAAACUGCAUUUACAUAUUUAGAAGUGAGGGAGAAGCAGUAUGACAAGAAGGCUUAUCUUGAUUUUUUCACUGAGCCUUCAGCUACAACUCCAGCAGUUUCAGGAGUAAUGGUAUACAUAGCAUCUCCAGACAAGAAGCUGAACAAGAACUACUUGGGUCCAGAAUCUCUCGAAAAUAUUGCCAAGCAAAUCGUCUGUGCUCAAGGUCCCUCAGGGCCCAAUAGAGACUACCUUUUCCAACUUGAAAGAUCUCUUCUUGAAAUUGGAUGUGAGGACAAACAUGUAAUGGAUCUUGCCAAUGAAGUGAGGCGCAUGAUUCAAGAUGGUAAGCAACAAGAGCAAUAGACAAAGGGUUAUCAUUACUUGUAUUGAUACAUUCUUUCAAUUAGUAUUUGGAUAUGUACUUUGAGCUUUUAUAUCUUAGUACAAGAUUUCUGGGCUUUUAGCAACAAGAAAUGCAGUUAUAUUUUCAUAACUUA